AUGGACAAUCUCGGCCUUAUCUCAGGCUCCCAUCCCUCGUCACGUUUCUCUUUGGACGAGUUAAGGCGAUCGCUGUUCGACGACCUGCUUGCGACCCCAGCACCCGCCUCAGCACCGACACCCACCCCACCUUCACCUCAACCACCAUCCAUUGCAGACAACCAUGACGACGACCUCACCCCGCCCUCGCCGCCUCCAUUGUUCUCAAGCCCCGAGUCCAUCGCCCCAUGUGCGGUAACAAGUCUCACAAACGGUUCCCCCGCCCCCGCAAAUACCCAUGACACGCGAGACGACCUCUUCCUGCGACGGUCCGACCCGUCCCGCCACGUCGACUACCUCUCGCAAGACUGGCACGAAGACGACAUCUGCUCGUCGUGGCGCCACAUCACCGUGAACCGCCACCAGUACGGCCAAGUAUCGCGGCUGGAGAACGCAUCCUGGCGCGCGUGGGCCAAGUCACGCUUCCAGCUAGCCACCGUCCUGCCCGAGACGCUGAACUGGUUCAAGGAACGCGACAUCACCUGGCUCUACGGCCCGCUACAGCAAUCCACCACCCGCGACUCAGGCACGGGCGCCGCGACGCGCAGGGACGUCCUCGUCCGCGCCGGUGACCCCCUCGUGACCGCCGCCGCCGCAGCAGCACCACGGCCGCGUCCACGCUCCAUCCUCAAAAAAAUGAACGCCCUCGAAACCAUGACGCGCCGCUCCUCCUUCAGCCUCUCCGUCCUCCGCACGCAACACGCCGCCACCGCCGCCGCCGCCGCCGCCGCUCUCCCCCAACAGUCCUCUCCCUCGCAACGACCCGGCGGCCCGCUCGGCCGCAGCCACUCCACCCCGGACUUCCUCCUCCUCCUCGCCUCUUCCUCCUCGCCCAGCAGCAACAGCAGCAACAGCAGCAGCAGCAGCAUCUCCGCAGCACCCGCGAAACCGCCCCGCAAGAGCGAGAAACCGCACAUCCGCUUCAACGAGGUCGUCGAGCAGCGCAUCUCGUUGCGGCGGAAGGACUUGCAGGUCGCGCAGCACGAGCAGCGGAAGAGAGGCCGGGGGCUUGCCGCGCUGGAUGGGGAUGCGGCGAUGCGUGGGGUGGAGGAGGAGGGGUUGGCGGAUGAUGAGGAUGAGGAUGGGGGACGGGAUGAGGGGGUGGUGAUGAAGGGGGCUGGGACUGGGAGGAGGGGAAGGCGGGGCGAGGGGAGGGCGCGGGGGCCGGCGCUGGAGGCGGGGGCUGCGAUGGGGGGGUUGGAGACGAUUAGGAAGUUGCCGGAUGGGUUGUUGAGGACGGUGGGGCGGAAGGGGGCGGGAAGGCGGUGA